ACACGGCACCACGCCGCGGCCGCCCACCCACCCGCCCGCCAGCAAGCCGUGACGAAGACUUGACCAGUUCCUGCGACCGCCUCGGCCUCUUCGCCUCCACCGCCUCUUCCACGACCCCCAUCCGCCUUCCGUCCUGAUCCUCCAUGGCGAAUUAGCCCCAGCUCCGGCUCCCCCCUGGUGGCUACUGCUAUCCCCUCUGAUCGAUCGGUUGGGGGUAGGUCCCGGCGCCGGCGCGGUUCCGCUCUCCGCACCACAGAUCAUCCAGUACAAUGGAAACUCUACGUGCCAUGGCUCUACCACCAGGAUUUGGAUUCCAUCCCAAGGACACUGAACUCGUUGCUCACUAUCUGAAAAAGAAAAUACUCGGUCAGAAAAUUGAGUAUGACAUUAUACCAGAGGUGGAUAUAUACAAGCAUGAACCAUGGGAUUUACCUGCAAAGUGCAAUGUUCCAACCCAGGAUAACAAGUGGCAUUUCUUUGCUGCUCGAGACAGAAAGUAUCCUAAUGGUGCUCGCUCAAAUAGGGCAACGGUUGCUGGGUAUUGGAAGUCUACCGGAAAAGACCGGGCCAUUAAGGUGGAUAAGCGAACCAUAGGAACAAAGAAAACUUUAGUUUUUCAUGAAGGUCGGCCUCCCACUGGAAAACGUACUGAGUGGAUUAUGCAUGAAUACUACAUAGAUGAGAACGAAUGUCAAGCUUGCCCUGAUAUGAAGGAUGCCUUUGUUCUAUGUAAAGUUACUAAAAGAAUUGACUGGACAUCAGAGAAUGGUAACGAGGUGGGCAAUAAUAAUCCUCAGCCACAACAACCAAAUGUUGCUGCUAUUUUAGCUGUCAGUGUUGAACAACCAGAUACUGCUGGAUCAUCAAUUAUUGGUGGUGAACUUCCAAGUGAUGCUGCUACUGUAGCUAUCCCUGCUCACACAACUCCAGAUGGGGAUGCUGACAUUCAACAAUGGCUGGAAGAACUGAUUGAUCCCUCCUUUGAUCCUUCUGCUAACACUGUAGUGGAUUCUGUUUCUGCUCAACUGUCUCCGGAUGAACAAAAUGCUGAAUCAUCGAACAUUGAUGCUAUGGCUCCGAAGGUGGAACAGGACUAUGCCAGUCCUAACCAGACUCUGGCAGAUGAUACAGACUUCCUGUUGUCAGAUGAUAUUCACAGCAUGUUGUAUCCUGGUAGUGAUGACUUCACUUCAUGGCAACACACAUACUUUACGGCGGCGGAUCCCUUUAGUCUGUCAAACGACUUCAUGGAUGAAUUUCAGAUGAAAGAGCUACAGUUACCUCUGGAAAAUAAUGGACCUAAUCUGUCAAAUGAACCCGCUGUUGUAGUGCGAACACGUCAUGGGGGAACAUCUGCGACUAGUGUUCCACCAUACAAGGCCAAGGCUCGACUUCAGCAAAGGCUUGGCAGGAUGGUUACGAGCAGCUCUGAAUCCAUCAAUCAGACUAUCAAGUUCGUUGACAACAAUGGUCAUCUUGAUCUCAUGACUAAUGUGAAACACCAGAAGAAACAUGUGCGUGAUAUUACUUCUGUCAAGCAGUCUGAUGCAGGGAAGUCAAGUGGAAACCACAACAACCAAGGAUUUUUCAGGGGCGUCCAAAGGGCAUUUAGAGGCUGUUCAGCAACUGGACUGAAUAUACUUGUUGCACUUUGCAUGGUUGGAGUUGCUGCAGCAAUACUGCACCAUGGACGUCACCGCAGUGGGAUCAGUUUGUAGUAGAGGGAUCGGAAGCGUGCUUAGUUUUAGCUGUACAAAUCUGUAGCAUCUACGCACUGUGAAUCUUGACAGUAGGCACUGUGAUUAAAGUGGAUGAGCAGUAUGUGGCUGGGAUCCUUGCCUUAUGGAGAUACUUGGUUGUUAUACGUAUUCAGUAUUCUGUUCUCUGGUGUGGUUUCUGCAUAGUGUUUGUACAUACGAAGCUCCGUCUUUUUGGUCAGUCUGGCUAGGUAUUAUGGUGAUGGAUGAGUGCCAAACAGAAAAGAACAAAAACACAGGGGAAUAAUAGCUGUGACAAGUACUCUCUUACUACAUGCUAGAUUUGUAACCAUGAACCAUAGUUAACAGCUUGGAGUCAUCUUUAUUUAUUCGAAUUGAACUAAGGAUACUUAUGUAAAUUAGCGAGUAAUAAUCAUCAUCUAUUUCACUA